AAAGACACGCAUGGGGACGGACCUAGCGCGGCCGCGAUCCUUCAAAGGUCGCCAGAGGCCCGUGGACGACGACUGGGAUGACGUAGACUUGCAUUGCGUAGGUAACGCGCACAGGGGCAGUCGACAGUCCCCAUCCCGAAGUGCCCAGACACGUGGAAGGGCCUCCCAAGGACAGCAAGUGGAGGGGGAAAGGGCCUCGUACAGAAGAAGAUGGUCGCAUCCAGCCCCGACGACGGAAGUAGUGCUGGCUCCUGCGUCGUCCCUGGACCCUGUGGGUUUGCAGGAGAAGAGUUGGCGAUUCAACGAUUACUUCUGGCUCGCCUCCUCCCUCGCCCUCUCCCCUCCAGCCUACAUGCUGGGGGUCCUGGGGUCCCACCUGGGCCUCACCUGGAAAUGGUCCGUCCUGGCUUCCUUCCUCUCUGCCCUCCUUGCCGCCGGCCUUGCCGCCUUGACCAUGCACGCCCCCAGCAAGUACGGCAUCCCUUUCUGUGUUUCUGCCCGGACCAGCUUUGGAAUUUUUGGCGCGAAAUUUUUCUCCCUCCUCCACCUAGGCCUGGCUUUCCCAUGGACGGCGUGGCUCCUCAGCAUUGCGACCGAGGGCCUCCGAGAGGGAAUCACGCGCUUCCGUCCCUCCGUCGCCACGUGGAACCCGCUCCCUCCUUCCUUCCUGCCCCCCGGCCAAUCCUCUCUCCUCAGCCUUCUCUGCCUGGCCAGUAGCUUCCUCCUCCUCGUCUCCUUGCACGCGUUUGGGAAAAUCCAGGCGCUUCGUUCGCUCGCGCCCGUCCUCAGCACCCUCCUCCUUGCCUUCUACGUGGGUCUGGGAAUAUGGGCCUACCGCCUCCUUGGCCUCGACACCGGGCUCCACGCCUACGACGCAAAGUCGAUGGUGUAG